AAUACACGUAAGUAGCAUCUUUAAGACCCAUUUGGCAUCACUCCGAGAAUCGUUUCUGGCGAUUAUCGCGAAUCUCUGGAGUAGUAAUGUAGUAUGCAGUUUGAAUUUGCCCGCUCCGGAGAAUUGCUCCAUUUCUGGAUGCAAUUUGCACUCCAAAUUCGCGAUUGUCGGAAACGAUAAAGUCGUUUCUAAGGAUGCUAGAUUCUCACUUCUCCAAGCUCCAACGGCUCUGUGUUUUCUUCUCAAAGGCAACCGACAGGCUCUCAGGUGUCUUCAAGCUCUAUUGUUCUGGAACGUUAGAUCUCAGAACCCACCUCGCAAAAUCCAGGUAAUUAAAGGGUGCUAUCAGUUUUGGAAAUAUACUCCCGCUAAAAUGUUUUUCGAAGGAUACGGAUACCAUGGAACAUCAUUUGAGCAGAUGUAUCGUUGUUAUCCAGCAUCUUUUAUUGAUAAGCCGCAAAUUGAAAGUGGCGAUAAAAUAAUAAUGCCUCCCUCGGCUCUUGAUCGUCUUGCUUCUCUUCACAUUGACUAUCCAAUGUUGUUUGAGCUACGCAAUUCUGCCACUGAGCGAGUUUCACACUGUGGUGUUUUGGAGUUCAUUGCUGAAGAAGGCAUGAUCUACAUGCCAUAUUGGAUGAUGGAAAAUAUGCUUUUACAAGAGGGAGAUACUGUGCGUGUUAAAAAUGUGACUCUUCCAAAAGGCACAUACGUGAAACUGCAGCCUCACACAAUGGAUUUCUUAGAUAUUUCCAAUCCCAAAGCCAUCUUGGAGACAACAUUAAGGAACUUCUCUUGCUUAACCACUGGGGAUAGUAUAAUGGUAGCUUAUAACAAUAAGAAGUACUACAUAGAUAUUGUAGUAACAAAGCCUUCCAAUGCAAUAAGCAUUAUUGAGACAGACUGUGAGGUAGACUUUGCACCUCCCCUUGAUUAUAAGGAACCUGAGAGACCUGCCGCUUCUGUUCCUGCAAGCAAGGCACCAGCUCAAGUUCAAGAGGCUGCUGCUGAGGCAGAACCAAAAUUGAACCCAUUUUCUGGUGUUGGAAGACGCUUGGAUGGGAAACCAUUGAAGUGUCAACCCCCAUCGGUUUCUACCUCUGGAUCCAAAGACAAGCAACCAGUGGCUACAAGUGGUGGUGGGCAAAGUUCAGCAGGGUCCACUUCACAAAGCACUUCUCGUCAGACUCAGGGAAAGCUUGUAUUUGGUUCAAACCACACGAAUAAAGAUGCACAAAAGCAACCUCUCAAGCAAGAGCAGCCCCAGAAGAAAGAAGAGCCAAAGUUCCAGGCUUUUACAGGGAAAAAGUACUCAUUAAGGGGAUGAAUACGAAAUACUGGCAGCUGUGCAUUAGGAGCUGUGCAUUAGGAGCACUCCUCACGCCACCAUUCUCACAGCACAUCGCAGCUGUGCAUUAGGAGCAUCUCCACAUGAAUGACAAAAUACAUGUGCAGAAGAUGUUCCCUAUGCACAGGGCUGAAAAUUGGUAUGAAGAGUGCUUCUAUGAGGAGCAAAUCUAGGUCGUGUUUAGUUUAAUUUUCAUUCAUUCUCAUUUUUAUUUAAGAUGAAAUUCUAAAAUUGACAAAAAUAGGUAAAAAUAGGGAGAAUGAGAAAAUAUUGUUAUGAACCAAA